AUACCAGUCUGUGAAUGCGAGGUCGCGCUAAAGCCCGCUGAUUUCAAACAGCUUCUACGCAUGGCAACAUGCGCAAACAUCAAACAACUAAUUUUCUAAUUUCAUUGUUACCGCCUAGUAACAAACGAUUUUAACUGGAUUUUAACAUCAAUUUCACUAAAAAAGUAUUAUGUCUUCAACAAAAAAUACUCCAAAACAUAGCAUUGAAUGUACAAUUGAGGGCCAUGGUGAUUUUAUCAGGCCCACUGAUAUUGGAUACAAAAAGUAUCCAGGUAACAGCAUCAAAAAACCUACUAUUAGGCCGCCAUGUAAGAAAGGCAGACGCAAUGUAAAUGUGCUGAAAAAUCUCUCAGUAAAACAAAUUCAACGCACUUCUAGCUGUCAAAAUUUAAGUGGAGAACAAAAUAAAGAUUUCGGACUAUGCAACAGUAAUUCAAAAUCCUGCGAAAACAUAACAUUAAUUGGAAAACAAAAACAAUUUUUCUUGAUCGGCCUACGACAACAAUCAAAAACAAUGAUGAUGAAGGGAGCUGAAGAAGAGCCUCAGGUUGUUUUCCCAUCGGCCGAAGGUGACACCCAAAGAGCAACUCUUGAUAAAACUUUGGAGGAGGAGGCAAUAAUGAGAGAAACGUUCACAAAUUUCAUCUUGAACGCUUGGAGAAAUCUGAACAAAAAGAAUAAGGAGCUCCGAGAAGAGAAUGAGCUACUCAAAAAGCUGGAAUCAGAACUUGGACUUGUCAAGCAGCAAUUUGAGGAGGAGCAACGAAAAGCUGCCGAAAUUGAUGUUGAAAAUAGGCGGAGUAAAAUUAUCGAAGCUAGCUGUCUUAGGAAAAUUGAAAAACUGAGAACCAUCAAUACACAGCAAAAGCAAGAGAUUGACGCUUGGAAAUCGCGUUUGGAAACAAAAGAGAUUGAGUACGAGAAUGCCAAAAACAAAUACCUGGAACUGGAAAAUGAAGUGACCAAAGCAAAGAAAGAAUUAGAUGAAGAACGCGAGAAAAAGGAUGGACUGCAAAAAGAGAAGAAGAACCUGAUAGAAAAGGUUCAAUCGCUGGAAUUGAUUGUGGUUGAAAAGGAUGCCGAAGUCUUGACAGAGAUUGGCAAAAUGAAGAAACAAAUUUCCUCCAAAGAUUGGGAAAUGGAAAGGUUUAGAAAAGAAAUACAAGAGUUGGAAACGCUACUCGCUACUAAAGAUGAAAGUAUUGCAUCUAUCAAGAAAGUCAGCGACGCUUAUAUGAUGGAAGUCACCAAGAUCAGGAUGAGUAAUAGUUGUGAGGUGCUGCGAAAGACAAAGCCAACCGAUGACAAUCUGACAAACGCCACAAGUGUCAUCAGAACAGUCGUCUUCUUUAUGCUCCCUAUCAUGAAAAAAAUCCUAUUUCCCUAGAUGCUAGUCCCAAAUUCACUGUUAAAAAGACUGUCUUAUGAUAAUGUAGGUCUAGGUAUUUAAGUAGAGAACUUCUGGCUUUAUUAAUGUAUUUUAAUGUAAUAUUUUUUAGAUACGUAUAAACUGAAAAACAUGAAAAAGUACAAUAAAAAUAUCAUUUUUAACAGAAAUAGUAA